AUGAUUGGCGGCCUAUUCGUGUACAACCAUAAAGGGGAGGUAUUGAUCUCUCGUAUAUAUCGGGAUGACGUCACGAGAAAUGCUGUCGACGCGUUUAGAGUCAAUGUUAUUCAUGCUAGGCAACAGGUCCGUACUCCGGUAACAAAUAUGGCCCGCACAUCAUUCUUCCAUGUAAAAAGAGGAAAUGUCUGGAUUUGUGCAGUGACACGACAGAAUGUUAACGCUGCAAUGGUGUUUGAGUUUUUGAAUAGAUUUGCGGACACAAUGCAGUCUUACUUUGGGAAACUGAACGAGGAGAAUGUGAAGAACAAUUUUGUUCUUAUAUACGAACUGUUAGACGAGAUUCUUGACUUCGGAUAUCCACAGAAUACCGAUCCAGGAGUUUUGAAGACAUUCAUUACUCAGCAAGGAGUUCGAACUGCGACUAAGGAGGAACAGUCCCAAAUAACAUCCCAGGUAACAGGUCAAAUAGGAUGGCGACGUGAAGGAAUAAAAUAUCGAAGGAACGAGUUAUUCCUUGAUGUCAUUGAAUAUGUGAAUCUACUUAUGAGUCAGCAAGGUCAGGUACUGUCAGCUCACGUUGCUGGGAAAGUGGCGAUGAAGUCGUAUCUAAGUGGGAUGCCAGAGUGUAAAUUUGGUAUAAACGAUAAAAUCACUAUCGAUGGAAAGGGAAAAGGAGGAAGUGAUGAUCCAAAUAAAGCCGCUCGUGCAUCUGUCGCCAUAGACGACUGCCAAUUUCAUCAAUGUGUAAAACUUACGAAGUUCGACACUGAGCACGCUAUUUCAUUCAUUCCACCGGAUGGAGAGUACGAGCUAAUGAGGUAUCGAACAACGAAGGACAUCCAACUUCCUUUUCGCGUGAUCCCUUUAGUUAGGGAAGUAUCGAGGAACAAAAUGGAAGUCAAGGUUGUGGUCAAAUCGAAUUUCAAACCUUCGUUGUUGGCGCAAAAAAUCGAAGUUCGUAUUCCGACUCCACCAAACACUUCUGGAGUGCAACUGAUAUGUAUGAAAGGGAAAGCCAAAUACAAAGCAGGGGAGAAUGCUAUAGUUUGGAAAAUUAAACGGAUGGGUGGUAUGAAAGAAAGUCAGAUCUCUGCCGAAAUAGAUCUUCUUUCCACUGGUUCUGAGAAGAAAAAGUGGAAUCGUCCUCCAGUCAGUAUGAAUUUUGAGGUCCCAUUUGCUCCAUCGGGACUGAAAGUUCGCUACUUGAAGGUGUUCGAACCUAAAUUAAACUACUCUGAUCAUGACGUCAUCAAAUGGGUACGCUACAUUGGUCGUAGCGGUCUAUACGAGACAAGGUGCUGA